AUUUUUCAUAUUUGGUUGGGUCGAGGCAAUAUGAGAGCCCAAUUGAUUUCCAAGCACCCAUCAUAUUCAUAUCACAGAAUCAUCCUCUUUUAAAAAAAUAAAGUUAGGGCUUCCGAUUUUGCCGGAAAAAACAAAAUCCUAACGGAACGGCCACGUAAUGGAGCUACCGCCGCCUCAGAAACGAAUGCGCUCCGGCUCCCCAGCAUUCGACGCCCCUAUCGACCUCUCGCUCCUCGAAGCCCUCGAGAAAUCGCAGCAGAACGCCAUCGAAACCCUCGACCUUAAAACCUUAAAGAGGCUCGCCCUCUCGUUGGAGCGCCGCCUCAACGCCAACACCGCCGCCCGCCUCAAGUACCCGGACAACCCGGAGAAGUUCGCCGAUUCCGAGCUCGAGCUCCACGAAGAGCUACAGAAGCUCAAAAUCCUCGCCGGCGCGCCGGAGCUUUAUUCCGACCUCGUCAGCCUCGGCACCGUCAAUUCCCUCACCGGACUUCUCAACCACGACAAUACCGAUAUUGCCAUUGAUGCCGUCACGCUCCUGCAGGACCUCACCGACGCCGACGUUAUCGAGGACAACGAGGAAUCGGCGCAGGUGCUCGUCGACGCGCUGAUCGAGAACAAUGCGGUGGAGUUGCUGGUUCAGAAUUUGGCGCGGUUGAAUGAUUCCGACCCCGAUGAGUCGGCUGCGAUUUACAACACUCUGUCCACUAUUGAGAAUCUCAUCGAGGUGAAGCCUUCUGCAUCCGAACUUGUCUGUGAGAAGACGAAGCUGUUGAAAUGGCUUCAGGCGCGGAUUAAGAUACGUGAAUUCGAUAGUAAUAAGCAGUAUGCUUCUGAAAUUCUGGCGAUUUUGUUGCAGAAUAGUGCUGCGAACCAGAAGAGGUUCGGUCAGAUGAAUGGUGUGGACACUUUGUUGCAGGCCGUGGCAAUGUACAAGUCCAAGGACCCGAAGACUGGCGAUGAGGAGGAGAUGGUGGAGAAUUUGUUUGACUGUUUGUGUUGUGUGUUGAUGCCUUUGGAGAAUAAGGAGAGGUUUGUCAAGGCGGAAGGGGUAGAGUUGAUGAUCAUUAUUAUGAAUCAGAAGAAACUAUGUUAUGGGUCUGCCAUCAGGGCUUUGGAUUUUGCAAUGACUAACUAUCCGCCUGCUUGCGAACGGUUUAUUGAUGUGAUGGGGUUAAAGACUGCUUUCCCUGCUUUUAUGGGUAAGGUACCUCUCAGCAAGAAGAAUAAGAAAAAACAGUCCAAAGAAGAAUUGGAAGAACGCCUCUUAUCUCUAAUUGCAUCCCUAUUUGGUGGAAUCUUGAGGGGUUCCAGAAGGGAAAGAUUGUUAAGCAAAUUUGUUGAAAAUGAGUGUGAAAAGAUAGAUCGACUUAUGGAACUCUAUAUGAGAUAUUCAGAUAGAGUGAAAGAAGAGACUGAACGGUUUAAUCAACUUGAGCUCGACGAUCUUGAGAUUGAUGAUGACGAGAAAUAUAACCGGAAGCUGGAUUCUGGGCUCUAUACUCUUCAGUUGAUUGCUGUAAUCCUGGGUCACCUUUGGACCUCCGAGCACCCUCGGAUGAGAGCAAGGAUUGAAUUGCUCUUGAAGCAGCAGAAGUUAACUAAGAAUGAUGUGAAGAAUAUUCUUCAGGAGUAUCAUGACAAUAUUGGUGACCUCGAUGGGCCAGAAGAGAAAGAAAGGGCUCAGUCAAAGAUCUCCAAAUUCAUCUCCGCCUUAACAUAAUGGCAAGAUUUUUGGCAUAUUCUUGAGGAAGGGCGUUGUGAUGAAGAUAAAAUUGAUAUUUAGCAAUCCUCCUUGAGAUUCUGUAUUUUGAUCAAUGUAAGCAGAACUAGUUCAAGCCUAUUGUAUGUCAAAUAUUUUAUGCAAUUCAGUAAAAUGACGCGUGUGGGAAAUCAAAUAUUUCUUUCUUUUCUCAAAA